AUGGGUAUCACCAUAAAUUCUCCACUUCCUUCGAGCUUGGCUUCCGAAUGUCGAAAAGCAGCUCGUAUAUUAAACAGUUUUACAGAUAACGGAAAGGGCGUAGAUUUUAUUAUCCCUCCUCAUAUUCUCAGUGAUGCAAAAGGCUUGGCAAUCUUUACUGUGCUGAAGGCUGGAUUCUUAUUCUCGGGUCGAGCAGGCUCAGGUUUAGUCAUCGCUAGAUUGCCCGAUGGAAAUUGGUCGGCACCUUCUGCGAUUAUAACAGGCGGAAUGGGUUUUGGAGGUCAAGUGGGUGCGGAACUUACGGAUUUCAUCAUGGUAUUGAAUACAACAUCUGCUGUAAAGACAUUCAUGCAUCAUGGUUCAAUCACUCUGGGUGGAAAUAUUUCAGUUGCUGCUGGACCUGUCGGUAGAAAUGCUGAGGCAUCAGGAACCGCAUCCAUCAAAAACGUAUCUGCCGUUUAUUCAUACAGCAAAACUCGAGGUCUCUUUGCAGGCGUUUCAUUAGAAGGCUCUGUGAUCCUUGAACGUUUCGACGCAAACAAGAAAUUAUACGGUGGCAAGGUGAAAACUCGAGACUUAUUGAAUGGAACGAUCCCUCCACCUCCAGCAGCAGAUACACUUUAUUGCGCACUUGAGCUCAAAUCUGGCCAUCGGGGAGGUGGAAGCUUCGGGCAUAUGAAUAAUUACGAUAGUUCUUAUAGAUCAGAUGGUCGCUACAGCAGUUCUGAUCGCAAUUAUGACGGCAACACUGACCCCUAUAAUCGAUAUGAUGACACACCAAGCGACAGAAGAUCAAACAACACUAGCUAUGACAAUAUGGACUCACCCAAUCGCACUUUAUUAUUUAAUCGUGCAGCUGUUCAUAAUUUAGCUAAAUCUGGAGGAGGUGGUAGUGGUGAUGGAUUAAGCUCCAGCAUUAGAAGCAAUGAUCCUGGCAACAGAGCGAGAGGAAGCAGUAUUCCAUCUUGGAAGAAUGACAGCAACUACGAUUAUGACCUUCCAAGACAAAUUGCAGCAGCACCAUCUCCAAACCUCACGAGUUAUGACAAUGCUAACAGUCGGGCCUUGGUCUUGACUAAUGACAAUGAAGAUUCUCGUGCUCGUGCCUUGUUCAACUUUGCAGGCGAACAGGAUGGCGAUUUAGUGUUUCACAAAGGAGACAUCAUCACCAUUGUCAAAAAAUCAAAUACUCAAAAUGACUGGUGGACUGGAAGAAUAGGUGGCCGUCAGGGCAUUUUCCCUGCCAAUUUUGUCGAGCCAUUGUAA